AUGCUUUUUGGGUUAAUUCCGAUUCUAUAUGGUGGUCAUAUGUACGCUUGGGGUCUUGUGGUUGUUCUCCAAACGCUUCUUUUUCGUGAACUCGUAAACGUUCGGUAUCGAGCUGCAGCUGAGAAGAAUAUUCCAUGGUUUCGUUCAGUCCAGUGGAUGUGGUUUCUUGUUGCCUUGUUUUACAAUUAUGGGGAUUCCUUUGGGGCAUUUAUUGAAAGCAGUAAAAUUCGAUUUGUACCACCGGUUAUUGUGCAUUAUCUACGAUAUCAUACAUGGGUAUCAUUUAGUUUAUAUGCACUUUUAUUUGUCAUGUCGGUUCUAAGUCUGAAAAAAGGAUAUUACAAGUAUCAAAUGGGACAAUAUACGUGGACUAUUGUGACUUUAGGACUGAUUGUUUUUCAGAUGAAAUACGUCGUGACGAAUAUCUUUAAUGGCCUGUUCUGGUUCUUCUUUCCUGUUUCGUUGGUGAUUUGCAACGAUUGCUGUGCCUUUUUCUGUGGAAAACUCUUUGGCCGCAAAUUUAUCAAGACACCGUUCCUGCGGUUGUCUCCAAACAAAACGUGGGAGGGAUUUAUCGGUGCUCUUGUGUGUACGGUCGUGUACGCCUUCUUCUCUAGUGCUUUUCUCUCGCAGUUUUCGUGGCUGACUUGUCCAGUGGAGAGCUUUGAGUUCAAGCUGAUCCCUGACCCGCUUACAUGCACUCCUCGUGACAUCUUCCUCCCGCACCUAUACGACGUUCCGGUCUUUGUCGCGCGUAUCAUAGGCCAGAGUCAGAUUCAGCUACAUCCGAUCCAGCUCCAUUCGUUUUGGUUUGCAAUCUUUGCAUCACUUGUGUCACCCUUUGGAGGUUUCUACGCGUCGGCAAUCAAGCGCACAUACAACUUGAAAGACUUUGACUCGGUCAUUCCAGGCCACGGUGGUGUCAUGGACCGGAUGGACUGCCAGUUAAUCACCAAUUGCUUCACCACGGUUUACUUUAACACUUUUAUUUGUUCGCAGACUCCAUCCGUGACGAUGAUUUUGAACCUCGUGGCAAAGCUGACAAUCGAGCAAAAGCAAGAUGUGCUUCAGGCUAUUCAAGAGAUGCUUGAAGGUUGA